UCUUUGAGCAGGCAAGUGUUUUCGCCUUUCGUACAUUUUCAAUUUACCUGUAGUCUGACAAUUUAUUACAUUUAUUUUACACUGUAUUCAUAUGCAGCAUAUGCAUAUACAGUUAAUACAAAUGACUGGUACCUUAAAUUAUUUACAGUUUACAAACAUUUUACCAUAGGUCAGCAGACGAUAUGUUGUUUGUGGUUAGGUCUUUGUAGACUUUUUGUACCUUUCACUCAUUUGUUUUCGAUUUAGCUGCUUUAAACGUAUUUUAAAAUGGCUGUAGUGUUACGAAAUUUGAGAUGCUUGCUUUCUAAAAGACCUGAGAUGAUGAAGACAUUGCCACUCUGCUCAGCAAUGUAUAAAUCGUCCUGCAAGAGAUGUGUUUUUUUCAGCUCCAGUAUGUCAACUGAGUCUCCAUCUGAGCCCAAGGUGUACAUAACAAGAACAGUUCCGUCGCCGGGCCGCGAACUGCUGGCACUCCACUGCAGUGUCACCGUGUGGGACAGUGACCAGGCGGUCCCAAGGGCAGAGCUACUGAAGCAGGUGGUGGGGGUGGAUGCCUUGUUCUGUCUGCUUACUGAUCAGAUUGAUACUGAAGUCCUGGAUGCUGCUGGCCCACAGUUGAAAGUGGUGGCUACAAUGUCUGUAGGGUAUGAUCACAUUGACCUUCAGGAAUGCAAGAAGCGAAACAUUGCUGUUGGUAACACUCCCAAUGUGCUGACGAAUGCUACAGCUGAGUUGACAGUGUCUCUGUUACUUGCCACGUCUAGGAGGUUGAAGGAAGGAAUGCUAGCCGUGGAGAAUGGCGAGUGGGGAACGUGGAAACCUCUCUGGCUGUGUGGGCCAGGACUAGAUGGUGCCACUGUGGGAAUUGUCGGACUCGGUCGUAUUGGAAUGGCUGUUGCUUACAGACUUCUGCCAUUUGGAGUGAGCAAAAUUGUCUACAACAACUCGAAGAGAAACCCGUCCGAUUCUCUGGUGGGAGCAGAGUUUGUGACUCUAGACAAACUUCUGGAAAUCUCAGAUUACGUCAUCGCAUGUCUGUCUCUCACUCCUGCAACUAAGGAGGUCUUCAAUGCUGAGGCUUUCCGUAAAAUGAAGAAAUCUGCCAUUUUUAUCAACACAAGUCGUGGCGGCAUUAUGAAUCAGACGGACUUGUAUAACGCUCUAAAAUCGGGUGAGAUCUGGGCUGCUGGGUUGGAUGUUACCACACCCGAACCUCUCCCCCUGGACAGUCCUCUGUUGGAACUAAACAACUGUACGGUGCUGCCUCAUAUAGGGAGUGCGACAAACAAGGCACGGAGCACCAUGGCUGAUCUUACAGCUCAGAAUAUUCUUGCAGGUCUACAGGGAAAACCAUUACCUUGUAGAGUUGACUAGUUAAGAAGUGUGUAUUUCAUACUGGUUAGCCAGUCAUCACGUUUUAUUAUCGUCAGUUCAAAGCAAUGUAUUCAGGAAUGUUAAUAAGUGGCCUGUGUUAAUUUUUCUCAUACUGUAUGAUUAAUUUUCAUUGGGUAUCAAAGAAUAUUUACUUCCUGAUCAAAUGAAUACACAGAUUGAAAUACUGCCAUCCUGACUGAUUUUUGUCAGUCAACGUCAACAUGGACCGGGAUCAUUUUUGCCUGUCAUCCUGUUGGACUGGCAGUUAUGAGUCAUGUUUGGUCGGGCAGGUUUUGAUUCUAUUUCAGGACAGCAGAAUUUGUAGCAUGCCAGACUGAAUAUCUGGCAGAAAUUUCAUUAAAUUUCAAUCCAAAGUAUAAAAUUGUAUGAUCUAUGGUCAAUGACAGACAUUCUGUAUACCAUGUUUUUUGCUUCUUACAUAUCUUACAGAAAUUUCACUUCAUGUUCAUAUUUCACCAAUGAUAACAAUAUUUAAUAUUACCUGCCCAAUAUUUUAUUCAAACACAGUCAGAUGCAUUAGUAAUCUUUAGACAAGACAUUCAUUAAAAAUCCAAAACGGCUAUUAUACGAGUUAUUGAAUGUUGUUCAUAUACAUGUAGAUAGCUACACACUUAUUAAAAUAGUCUGUUCCAUAUUGAGCAGACGGCAUUAUUUAAAUGUCAAUACAUUUUUUUGAAAAAAUACUAAUCGAUACCAUUGAAGCAAAAAUGAUGAUGUAGAAAUUGUUGACUUUAAUUUGUAGUUGUACAUGUUGGUAAUGCUAUCGUACAUGUUCAAAAGAUAAUUCCUGUUUGGUUAAUUAUAUUAGCCGGUUUUAUGUCAUUAUUAAAGACAGAUAAAUAAAAUCAUGUGUUUUUAGGCUUUAUGUCAACGUGGUUGAAACAUAUUUGAAGCAGAUGGUAAUCAUAGGAUAUUAAAAAAAGCUUCUAUUGCAUAUCAUAUUUAAUAAUUUAUGUCAGUGAAACGAUUUUCAGUUGUCAGCUUUAUUAUUUAUUAUUUAUAUUAUGAUAAAAAAAUUGAUCAGGUGAACACUACUGAUGUGAUGAUUGAUUAUAAAUAUCUAUCAUUGAUUGUCAUUGAAAAUUUCCCAUUUCUUUAGUUAGAAUUGAUAUAUUUUCUAAUAUUUUAUAUACUGAUGUUCCAGUGAUCUAUUACCGGUAUAGGUAAAAGGAAAUGUUUUAUUUAACGACACACUCAACACAUUUUCUUUACGGUUAUAUGGAGUCGGUUAUUACUGGUAUAAUGAUAAAUCGAAAAUCAAUUGUUGCAGAUAAUGUUAACUGUAAUUGUUCCUUGUGUUUAGAUAAUAGAAUUGAUAUAAAUAUGCAGGAGUUUGGGUUUGUUUUCAUGUACACAAGGAAACAGAUACUGAUACGACAAUAGGUGCAUGAUCCUGAUGAUUUAAAUUCAUCUUAAGUUUGUGUAAUUUUAACCGAUUAUACAAUCGAAAAUUGAUCAGUUGGUGGAAACCAAUUAUAAUCAAGGAUCAAUGAUGAAAUUUAACCGAUUCCCAACACUAAUUUGAUGGUGCACAAUUGUGUUUUUUAAUGCGAUUGCAUGGACUAGUGGUCACAGAUGCAGUCCUAGUAGUGACGUAGGAAUGUGCCAAAAGGGGGGGGGGGGGGGCACACUUUUAUAUUUACACACUUUUACACUAUUAUAAAGCAAAUUUAAAGCAAAAUAUCUGAAAAAUGGGGGGCACAUGCCCACCUUGCCCCCCACCCCUCCCCACUUCCUACGCCAGCGAUAAUUAUGCUAGGGAUUUUAAUCCCAGCCUAAGAGAAUGUAUGGGAUGUUUUUACGAUCCCAACCUGUGUCCCAUGACCAGUAUUCCAAAUACCAUGGUAUACUACAUGUGUGUGUUUUCCUACCUGUGAGAAAGAAUAUAAUAUUAAUAUAUAUCCUGCUGCUGUUCAGUAGGAAUAGACUAUUUGGCAGCAGAAUGCUAUGUAAUUUAAUAUGUGCUGAUGUGUCAUGGGGUAAGAGGCGCAAUCUUUUCCCUUCUAUUUUAACAAACGAAUAAAUUCUAUAUUUAAU